GUGCAAAGGCAGCGAACCUUUUUUAAAAAAUUUAUUCCGGCUGUCUUUUUCUCUCGACCCUUACUCUCGCCACUGUCCAAGCACAUAUCGAUGCUUGCGUUAGUUAGAUCUAGAUUGGGAUGUGCUCAGAUCUUUUGCCGGAGCUAACAACAUGGCGGGGGGAAGAAAAAUAAUCGAUAAACCGGUCGGAUUCUAGGUUUUUGAUCACUGGGUACUUGGGGCACAGAUGCGAGCGUCGUUAGUUUAUUUGUCUGGGACUGUAGUACGAGUCUUUAACCAGAAUGUGGCUUUGUUUUGAGCAAAAAUCUCAUAAUCAGGGGAGAUCAAUCGAUAAGUAUGCUGCACAAUGUGGAAAGUGCCUCAAGUGGAGGGUGAUCAAUACGCAGGAAGAGUAUGAGGAGAUCAGAAGUAGACAACAAGAGGACCCGUUUGUAUGCGAGAAAAAACAGGGAGCAUCCUGUCAAGAACCAGCUGACAUUAACUAUGAUUCCUCCCGGACAUGGGCCAUUGACAAGCCUGGCUUACCCAAAACCCCUAGAGGUUUCAAGAGGAGCUUAGUUCUUAGGAAGGAUUAUUCCAAGAUGGAUGCUUACUACAUAACUCCUACCGGGAAAAAGUUAAGGACUCGCAAUGAAAUCGCUGCUUUUCUGGAGGCCAACCCAGUUUACAAGGAUUCACCUCUUGGAGACUUCAAUUUUACUGUUCCAAAAGUGAUGGAAGACACUCUUCCUCCUGGCAUUAUUAAAGGCGGCUCUCCUAGUGGCAUGUCUAGUAAGAGUUCCAAGCCAUCUAAGGAUAAUUAGUCAGCCAGUAUUAUAUCUCGAAGAGGAUGACCCUUGUGCCAAAUCUUCCAACCCCUUUUCUUGUGAACCUAUGACUUUUCAAGCUUUUUGGUCAUUAUUGAUCUGCUGACUGCCUAUAGAAACUAUACAAUGGCUGGUUUGAGCAUAUGGUGAUGUUUCAAUC